GCGGGGAGGCCUUUGAAUUUAAACAGACAGAAGUGAUUAAAAAUAGCUGUUCCUAGGAUUCUCUCCACUUAAGAGAAGAUGGCAUCUGUUUCAGACAGCCCUGUGUUCCAGUCAGUGAGCAGUGGAUCCCAUGUGUACCUUUUGGAAAAGAUCUGAGACUGUGUCGAAAUGGAACGGCGGGAGCCCAUGGAGAGGCUCAACCAUUACUGUCAAAAGCGGAAACUUAUACUGUCUUGUGUCGAUGUCAGGAUGGACGGCCAGGAUCAUGAUCCUCUGUUCACGGUUUCGAUUAAAUUAAAUGAUGAUGUAUAUGGUACAGGCUCUGGUAAAACCAAGAAGGAAGCGAAAGCAGCAGCAGCAAAAAUAACCUGGGAAAUGGUUGAGAAAAAAAUGCUUGAGGAAAAAAUGCUUGAGAAACAGCUAGAGAGUCCUUCAAGUGUGCAAGCUGCAGAAUCAAUGACAAAUCAAGUGACCUUAUCAUCCGCACCAAACGUCGACUAUGUUAGCCUACUAAAUGUGUAUUCACAAAGAACAUUGCAAAUAGUUGAUUAUCCUAACAAAAGCCGUACUGGAAAUGCCCAUACUCCCAUAUUUUUCUGUAGCUGUACAGUUAGUGGUUUUGUGUAUGGAAGUGGCACUGGAACUUCUCUAGCUGCUGCAAAACAAGCUGCUGCAAAGCAAGCGAUUGAGGAGCUCGAUAAGCAAGGCAUUCAUAUAAGAGGAUUUGAAAAAACUAAUAACAAUUCUACAUUUACUGAACAUAGUAAUUCCCCUCAAGUGCCAACUCAGUCUGGCUUGAGUAACAGCAGUAUUUGCUUUGAAGACUCAUCUGCAAAGUUGGUAGGAAAAAUGAAAAACAUGGCAGUAUGUGAAAACCCUUCACGUUCUCAGAGACACGCACAAAGUUCUGCCCUGAAACCCAAAAGAAAAUUGGCAGCUAAUUUUGAUAAUGCAAGAAACAAGGAAGAGGAGGAAAAGAUGUCAGAUUCAGAUGAAAGUGUGCCAGACUUGGACACAAAUACCAGUGAGAAGAAUGGAAGUCCAUACACUGUCAAUAAAAGACUUCUUGAGACCUUUACAAAUAUAGAAUGUAUUGGUGAAGGCGGUUUUGGGAAUGUUUUCAAAGCAACAGCAAAGCUUGAUGAGAGAACCUAUGCAGUCAAACGAGUUCACUUCACAAAGAAUGUAAAGCGUGAAGUAAAAGAACUUGCAAGACUUGACCACGAGAACAUAGUACGGUAUUAUUGUAGCUGGAAAGGGUUUGACCAUGUAACUUAUCCAGACUCAAGGCAGAAGUCAGAUGAAGUUCUCUGUCUUUUCAUUCAAAUGGAAUUCUGUGAACAAGGGACACUGGACAACUGGAUUGAAAAGAAUAGACAAGACCGAAAGUAUCAUGAGAUGGCACAAAACAAAUUUUUACAAAUACUGGAAGGAGUGAAAUAUAUUCAUUCUGAAGGGUUAAUUCAUCGAGACCUCAAGCCUCAGAAUCUAUUCAUAUCACGUGAAGAUAAAAUAAAAAUAGGUGACUUCGGUCUUGUGACUUCUGCGGCAAAUGAGACUCUGACUGAGAACAGAGGAACAAAAUCAUAUAUGGCACCAGAACAGUUUGGGGACAGCUAUGGAAAGGAAGUAGAUAUUUAUGCACUGGGAUUAAUUUGGUUUGAAAUUCUUGCAGCGUACAGUUGCCAUGAGAAAACUAAGAUAUGGCAUGAUGUUAGAAAAGGUCAACUUCCAGAGGGCUUCACCAACCAAUUUCUAACAAAGGCACCCAUAAUCAAAAAGAUGCUUUCAAAACAGGCUUCAGCAAGAUACUCUGCAUCUGAAAUACUGAAGUUUUUUAAAUCUGCUGUUAAAACCAACUUACGUGAAACUCAUACUCAGUAAAUGCGCUUUUAAAAGGCUUUCAAGACUGUUUAAAUCCAGUUUGAUGUCUCUUCAAACUGAAAGCCAAAAGCAACUGCAAGACUUAAGACAGGUCUUUUCCUUGGUGUUUUGCCUUCCUGCCAUUGAGGAGCUCAUCAGCCAGAAGGGUCACAUCACCAUCCACGCACUUCAGCUGUGGAUCAGGACAGCGUACUUCUGCAAGCGAUCACUUGCUGUUUUUACCUGGAAACACAGGUUGUGGAUGAGCUGAACUAUACUGUACAAAAUAUUGUACAAAACCUAGUCCUUGUCUCUUAGAAUAUUAAGUUGAUGUUGAGCACAACUGGCCUGUGGCAAAUCCCUCCCUGUAUCCAUGCUCUUAAUGUGUGCUGCAAGCAUCAUCAGCUGAGGUUACCUACCGCUUUCCAUGGAAGAAGUGCCAUCUUCUGGUAUGUGACUCAAACCUUUCUGAUUUGUUCAGUGAUGUUUUCAAUAAUUACUAGACUGCUCCCACCACUACCAAGACUAAUUUUCGUGUAAGAGAUAUUAAGAAUAGGUGUGGGUUAUUCUUCACUUAAUUUCAGUUCUUUAAGGUAAACUUUCUUACCUCUACACAGCUGUUGAACACAUAGCACCUUCAGUAUGUUAAAAUACAUACUUUUAAAGUAAGCAUUUGAAUUUGCAUGUGAAACAUUCAGCUUCUAGGAAAUCUAGUUAUAGUUGUUCUAGAUUUUUGAAAACCUUAGGUUUUGAAGGGUUGGAGGUUUUUUUCUGAAAGGAACACUUAAGCUGCUCUUAAUACACCACAAUUCUUCCAGUGUCUGCAGCAGUCACCAUUUGAAAUCCUGUGCUGAGAGUGCACCAUAAACUCUCUCCCAUACUCCUAGGAUUUAAUCCAUUGUUGUAAUAUUUAAUGAGCACACUGAACACUUUUGAUGGCCUUACUUUCAGCCCCAUGAAAGGUAACAGCAGUUUACUUGUUACUCUUUCUAGUUAUAUACUUCCAAGAGUUCAGACUUGCCUGGACUGGAAGAAUUGUGUGUGGGGUGGUCGGGAGCAGGAAGAAGAAACAGGCACACUGGUGCUUCAGAUGUUUGUGCUUGAGCUGUAUCUUCUCAAACUGUUCAUUAGUGUGGAGCCCACCUAACUCCAUAAAGGAAAAAAUGAGCAGAUACUUCUAAGCAGAAAAAUAGGCACUAUGUGUAGUAAAAUACUGUACGCAUUUUCUGAAAUGUUACAUGGGGUAAAGUGGGUGCUUGGAUAAAAAGAGUAAUAUAAAUUAAUGCAUAGUGAUUUUUAUAUUCUUAUGGAAAUCAUUGCUCAUGUGCUGCAAACAUGUGUUGCUAAAUAAAAAUCUGAUUUUACA